AAAGGAAGGAGGAGAAAAAGAGAGUCUAGACUCUAGAGGGGUUUCAAAUUUCAAUCUUGCCAUUGUUUUUCCUCAUUUCUUUUGAUGAGUUUUGGAGGUUUGAUCAGCGGUGGUAGUGGUAAUAGUGGAGGUGGGGGUGCAAGAGUUGUGGCUGAUAUUGCUCCACAUGCCCCCUACAUGCCCAGUGGUGCCAUUGCUCAACCACACUUUCUCACUUCCCCUGUUCCCAAUUCAAUGCGGAGUUCCUCUGCCCUCUCUCUUUCAAUAAAGAACAUGGAUGGUCACAGUGAACUGGGCCUGAUUGCUGAGAAUUUUGAUCCUGGGAUUAUUGGGAGGAUGAGGGAUGAUGAGUAUGAGAGCAGGUCAGGGAGUGAUAAUUUUGAAGGCGCAUCAGGUGAUGAUCAAGACGCCGGGGACGAGCAACGCCCCAGGAAAAAGAAGUAUCAUAGGCAUACCCCAAGCCAAAUCCAAGAACUUGAAAAUUUCUUCAAAGAAUGUCCUCAUCCUGAUGAAAAGCAGAGGCUUGAACUGAGCCGGAGACUUAGCUUAGAAACAAAGCAAGUGAAGUUUUGGUUUCAAAACAGAAGGACCCAGAUGAAGACACAACUGGAACGCCAUGAGAAUAUAAUUCUUAGGCAAGAGAAUGACAAGCUCCGUGCUGAGAAUGGUGUGAUGAAGGAUGCUAUGGCAAACCCAGUUUGCAAUAGUUGUGGUGGGCCUGCCAUUCCUGGUCAAAUAUCAUUUGAGGAACACCAACUUAGGAUUGAGAAUGCUCGACUGAAAGAUGAACUAAACCGGAUAUGCACUUUGGCAAACAAGUUCUUGGGCAGGCCAAUCUCUUCCUUGGCCAGUCCCAUCUCUCUUCCAAAUUCAACCUCCGGUUUGGAACUUGGGGUAGGAAGAAAUGGGAUUGGUGGUUUGAGUGCUGGAGGCAGUGGGUUGCCAAUGGGACUUAAUUUAGGAGAUGGAGUUUCGAGCUCUUCGCCAAUGAUGCCUCUAAUUAAGAGUUCUACAGGCAUGCUGGGCAAUGAAGUGCCAUAUGAAAGAUCCAUGUACAUAGAUCUUGCAAUGGCAGCUAUGGAUGAAUUGGUUAAGAUGGCUCAGGCAGAUAGCCCCUUGUGGAUCAAAACUUCAGAUGGUGGAACAGAAAUAUUGAACCAUGAGGAGUACCGGGCAUUUUCUUGUAUUGGUACGAAACCCAGCAACUUUGUAACUGAAGGCACAAGGGACACUUGUAUGGUGAUAAUAAACAGCUUGGCUCUUGUAGAGACAUUGAUGGAUGCGAAUCGAUGGGCAGAAAUGUUUUCUUGUUUGGUUGCUAGAGCCUCCGUCAUUGAUGUGAUAUCCAGUGGCAUGGGUGGGACCAGAAAUGGUGCUCUUCAAGUGAUGCAUGCUGAGCUUCAAGUGCUCUCCCCGUUGGUCCCUGUCCGCCCGCUGAAGUUCCUCCGUUUCUGCAAGCAACAUCAGGAGGGUGUUUGGGCUGUGGUCGAUGUUUCCAUUGACAUCAAUCAAGAAGGUUCCAAUACAAAUGCAUUUUUGAACUGCCGGAGGUUUCCUUCUGGAUGUAUUGUGCAAGAUAUGCCUAAUAAUUGCUCCAAGGUGACUUGGAUAGAACACUCCGAAUACGAUGAGAAUACCGUGCACCACCUCUUCUGGCAAUUACUACGUUCGGGUAUGGGCUUUGGUGCACAGAGGUGGCUUUCCACUCUGCAAAGGCAAUGUGAGUGCCUGGCAUUCCUCAUCUCCUCUACCAACUCAAUUGAAGAUCAUACAGGGUUAGGUACCAAUGGUAAAAAAAGCAUGUUAAAGCUGGCACAACGUAUGAUUGAUAACUUCUGUGCUGGGGUUUCUGCCUCAUCUGUGCGCAACUGGGACAAACUGUGUGUUAAUAAUGUUAGUGAAGAUUUGAGGGUUAUGGCCCGGAAGAGUGUGGAUGACCCAGGUGAGCCUUCUGGGAUCGUGUUGAGUGGCUCGACAUCUGUUUGGCUACCAGUAUCAAGGCAUAGGCUGUUUGAUUUUUUGCGAGAUGAACAGUUAAGGGAUCAAUGGGACGUUUUGUCCAAAACUCAUAAAAUGCAACUCAUGCUUCGCAUUGCCAAGUCCCAAGGAGGUGGCAACUGUGUUUCUCUCCUUCGUGCCAAUGUGGUAGAUGCCAAUGAGAAUACCAUGCUGAUGUUACAAGAGUCGUGGAGCGACGCUUCAGGCUCACUUGUAGUGUAUGCACCGGUUGACCCAGCAUCAAUGAGUGCCGUGAUGCGCGGUGGAGAUUCUGCCUAUGUUGCUCUCCUACCAUCAGGAUUUGCAAUCCUCCCUGGUGGUCCACCUGGCUAUGGUAUGGUCAAAACUGAAGGCAAUGGCUGCGACGAUGGUGGAUGUUUUCUGACUGUUGGAUUCCAAAUUUUGGGGAGUAACUAUCCUGCAGCCAAGCUCAAUGUGCAGUCGAUUAAUACAGUUAACACCCUCGUCUCGCACACAAUUGAGAAGAUAAAAUCGGCUCUUCAAGUACCAUAAUGUUAGUGCUUGACAACCAUGCUUUUAUUUUGUUACCUUCUUUUUGCUUUUGAUGGUUUGGGAAAAGAAAAAGGGAUAUAUGGGGAAACAUAGAAGAUUAGAAUGGGAUAGUAAGGAGCUUGAGAUGAAAUGUUUCGCACACGGGUUUCGAGUCAAGAACGAACCACAUGUGGAGAAUUAUUAUGUGGUAAACUGCUUAAUCUGGUCUGGUUUUGAAUUUAAAACAAGAGUUGAAGAGUGGUGGUUCGGGUAUUGACUUAGUGGACCUACGGGGUAGGCUCAGCUCUGCCUUUUGUGUUUUGUUAAAUUAUCGAUACCGUACAGAGUUGUGACAUUGAAAA